GAUUGACUGAAGAGCUCACCAAAACAAACCAUGCGAGCAAAGGAAAGCAAAACAAAACUCCUCUCACUUACACAUCGUCCACGUCACCAGGACCAACCACACAAGUACACACCUCUAGAGAGACGAGCAGACAGGCAGGCAGAAAGGAGGGGGAAGCGCUUAAAUAACCCAUCCAUCAUCGCAUCGGUCGGUCGAUUGGACCAGCCACGGUUCGUUCCUGUGUGUCGGCGUCGGCGGGCGCAUGCACGCAGGUGACGGUCAGGUGAACUUGCAUACGAUCAAGUCCGCCUGGCCGUCCCGGGCGCGCAUGCAACCUACCGACACCCGCCCCGAGGAUCUGGCUGGCUGUGUUACUUAGAUACGCCGGCAAAACGGUGCGCUCGCUCGUCCGGCUCCACCAACGUCUACAUAUCUACUUGUGUACGUCUCAUCGCCUCGUGUGCUGUGCUGUGCUGGACGCGACGCGUGCCGAUCUCACUACGACUGCACACACACAAGAAAACAAAUCCCCAUCUGUCUGUCUGUCUGUCUGGCCGCCUCCCUUUCUGUCUGCAGGUUGCCUCAACCAGGGAGCUGAAUUGCCCACACGUAUCUUGACGUGAUGGUAGCCACUCGAGGAUACGUUCGUGGCCGUUCCCGAGUGACUAGCGCCGCGUCGACAUACCCGUGCACAGCUCAACUCACCCACCAUCCAUUAUUCCCCAGUCAGUCCUCAUGCACAUAUGCAUCCGUAGACUGACUGACUGACUGACUGACAAAAAGGCUCUCUCUUGGUAGGUACCUAGACCGACCCCCCCGCGCCGACCCCCCCCCCCGACGCGACCCGACCCACCGACAGUAGAAAACAUCACCCUGGCCUGGCCUCUCACUCACUCUCUCCUCUCCCCACUCACGCACCCCCCCAUCCAUCGAUGCAUUAUGAGGACACCGCCUGCAAUGGAGGCGAACCCGAAUUGGGGUUCGCCUGCUCGCCGCCCUCGGGCAUGGUCACAGUGAUGGGGGGGCUGGGCGAUGCCUUGUCCUCGCCUGUCACUGCUGCCGCUGCUGCUGCUGACGGCGACCCAUCGGGAGCAGCCGUGUCCUCGUGGUUAUGAUGGUGAUGGUGAUGAUGAUGAUGGCCGCCGCCAACGUGUGGCUGUGGGGGGUGGAGGUGCCUCUGUGUGGGGUGAGGGUGGAGCUGGUGAUUGGGCCCGCCCGGCGAGUUGGCUGCGUGUUCGAUGGACGACUGCAGGUGCUCGAUGACGGCCAGUGAGGACUCGUAGUGUUUGGCGAAGUAGUCGAUGUAGAACUGGGCGCCGUUGAAGAUGAUGACGGCGAGGAGGAAGAGCAGCCAGAGGGUGUGGCACCAGUAGGAGUGGUAGAGGAUGGGCGUGUAGACGGCGCCGCCGAGGAAGAUGCCCAGGUGGCAGAGGAUGAAGAUGAGCUUGGCGUGGGGCUGCAGCCGUCUGGGCAGCUUGUAGAGGAUGCCUCGGUCGAGGGCCAUAUACUUGUACAGAGUGGCGUACUUCUUCCGCUCGAUCUUGUCGGCCGACCAGAUGAACAUCUUGCCGUAAUAUGGCGCCGCCCACACCUGACAUGGCCCACAGAUACACACACACACACACACACGAUCCCUCUUAUGCCCACACAGCGAUGGGAUGAGAGCAUCUUUCCUUCAUACCACGUAAAGCAUGAAGGCCGGUGGGAAGACCUCAAGCCAGUAGGACCACCAGGCACCCCAGGCCGUGCUCCACGAGCUGAAGAAUGGCGUGUUUAGGGUGUCGGGUGUCACCACAAAUGAGGUGUCGCUGGGCGGGAACCACCGGAGCGUCCACAGCACGACCAGCGGCGAGAAGUGGACCUCGGCCGUCGUCACCUUGUCCAGCGAGUGGGGGACGAGCGAGUUGCGGAAGAGCACCACCGAGUUGCCCAGUGUGCCGCCGAAUGUGAACACCGCUCGCCAGACGAGGAGGGAGGAGGGCGCACACCAGACGUAGAUGAGGAGGAUGAAGUUGGCCCAGUAGCAAAAGUCGAAGAGGUAGUAGUGGUGCCGCUUCAUCCGGUAGUGGACGAACCGCAGGAGCAGCAUGACGAUGAGCUUGACGGUGUGGCAGGCGUAGAAGUAGCUGGGCCGCGCGCCGACGAGAAACGACGAGAUGAUGAUGUCGAAGAAGAGCACGAGGAAGCAGAUCUUGUGCAGCAGCUUCUUGGUCUUGGCGUCCUCGAGCCGCUUCCACAGCCGGUGUGCGCGGGUCAACAUCCGCUCCUUCCUCUGCCGCAGCCGCACCCGCAGGUGCUCUGGGAUGGUCUUGAUCAUCUUGUUGGUCGACUUGACGAUGUCCACCAGGUCCAUGGCGAAGUUGAGGUUGAGGUCGACGAAGUCAAAGUCCAUCUCCUUCUCGGCCUUGCGCAUCCGCAUCCCCACGCCCAGCAGCCGCCGCCGCGACCCCACCGCCUGGCCCUGGCUGCCCAAUCCCCCCUCGUCGAAGUGCUUGGAGGACUCCCCGGGUCUUCGGCGGCGGUAUGCCCCUCCCUGCCCCUCCUCGGCGCCCUGCAGACUUCUAUCAUCAUCCGACUGCAGAUCGUCGAAAUCAAACCUGCGCACCGCACGCCAUACACACACACACACACACACACACACACGUGUGGCGAGUGACCGGCAUGGAUUGGAUAGGUGGGGUGAGUGGUGUUUUGUCCCUCCCUCCCUCCCUCCCUGAGGCCUGGUGGCUCACUACUCACAUAUCUUCUCGGUCGCUUUCGGCAUUGAAUGCCUCGCCCUCCAUAUCGGUGAGGAAGGGGUCGAAGUAGUCGAAUGCCGAUGCGUUGGAGGCAUCCUCCGACUGCUGGCUCGACAAGGUGUCCUCAGACUCGUUGCGCUGCGGGUGCUCGCCGUUCGCCGCGCCAGGCGCGCCGUCCCCUGACGCCAGCUCGCCGUUGCCUCCUGACAUCUGUGCAAGGCUGGGAAGGCUUCAAAAAGCCGAGAUUCGUC